AUGGACGUCUCUCAAGCCGUGGCAGGCUACAUCUCCAAGAUUGUCAUGAUGCCUGGCGAUGGCAUGCCAGCCAAAAUGAAGAUCUUGCUGCUGGAUCGUGAGACGGUCUCCAUCGUGUCGACGGCCAUCACCCAGUCGUCGCUGCUAAACCACGAAAUAUACCUCAUCGACCGCCUCGACAACGCUUCUCGCGAGAAGAUGCGACAUCUCCGGUGCCUCUGUCUCGUGCGGCCUUCUGCCGAGAGCAUCCAGCUGCUUGUCGACGAACUCCGUAGUCCCAAGUACGGAGAGUAUUACAUCUAUUUUACAAACGUCGCCAAGAAGUCAUUCCUGGAGCGUCUAGCGGAGGCAGACGACCACGAGAUCGUCAAGUCGGUGCAGGAGCACUUUUGCGACUACACAGUCAUCAACCCAGACUUGUUCUCCCUAGGUGUCCACCUGCCGCAGUGGCGGAUCUGGGCUGGCAGCCCCGACACGUGGAAUCCGGAGACGCUCCAGAGGUGUGCCGAGGGCCUCGUAGGGGUCCUCCUCUCGCUCAAGAAGAAGGCUCUGAUACGCUACGAAAAGAGCAGUCCCCUCUCGCGGAAACUGGCACUGGAAGUUGGCUAUCACAUGACGCAGGAAGAGACUCUAUUCAGCUUUCGAAAAGUCGACACGCCACCUAUUCUGCUCAUUAUGGAUCGUCGUGGCGAUCCGGUGACGCCAAUUCUCACCCAGUGGACGUACCAGGCCAUGGUCCACCACCUGCUUGGCAUCCAGAACGGCAGGGUCGACAUGAGCCAGGUGCCGGACAUCAGGCCGGAGCUGCGAGAAAUCGUCUUGUCCCAGGACCAGGACCCAUUCUUCAAGGCCAACAUGUAUCUCAACUUUGGUGACUUGGGCGGGACCAUCAAAGACUACGUCGAGCAGUAUCAGUCCAAGACGAAGAACAACUCGAGCAUCGAGUCCAUCACGGACAUGAAGCGAUUUAUCGAGGAGUAUCCCGAGUUCCGCAAGCUCUCGGGCAACGUGAGCAAGCACGUGACGCUCAUGUCCGAGCUCAGCCGGCGCGUGGCUGCCGAGAACCUGCUUGAAGUGAGCGAGACGGAGCAAAGCCUUGCUUGCAACGGAGAUCAUAAUUCCGAUCUCAAGAACAUUCAAAACCUGAUACAAAACCCCAACGUGACGGUGGAAGCCAAGAUUGGCCUGGUCUCUCUCUACGCGCUGCGAUACCACAAGCAACCAUCCAACGCGCUUCCGGUGCUCAUGGACCUGCUCGUCACGGUUGGCGGCGUGUCGCCUCGGCAGGCGGAGAUGGUGAACAAGAUAUUGAUAUAUCACUCGUCGCUUCACUCCUCACCGUCGCAGAGCGGCAUCACGGACAUCUUCGAGUCAGCCGGCAUCUUUUCGGGUGCCACCAGCCGGUUCAAGGGCCUGAAGGGGGUUGAGAAUGUGUACACGCAGCACACGGCCCAGCUGGAAGGGGUGCUGCAGAACCUGAUCAAGGGACGGCUCAGGGAACAGCAGUACCCUUACGUUGAAGGAGGCGGGACGACGAGAGACAAGCCGCAGGAUAUCAUCGUCUUCAUGGUCGGCGGCGCGACGUACGAGGAGGCCAAGAUGGUUGCGAGCAUCAACGCAACGACGCCGGGUGUGCGCGUCGUUCUUGGCGGCACCUCCAUCCACAACGCGGCCACGUUCCUCGAGGAGGUGGAGGACGCCGUUUACUCUUGGCCCGACAGACACGAGAGGAGAUAG